UUGGGUCAUUUAAGGCAAAUUUUGUGGAAGUUUUUGCGAAUGUUGGGUAAUUCUAGAAGGUCAAGGUUAGAGGUCAAGAGCAUCCAAAAUGGCCGCCGUGAUGUCAUCCCAGAUGGCGGACAAACCACAAAAAACUUACGUUCUAGGGGCUCCGACUCCACACUCCCACUCCUGUAGCAGUAUCGGCUAACAUAUGGUAGGUACUCUGGUGUAGCAAAUUAUGAGUUUAUAUAUUUCCCUAUGUGCUUUUUUUUGUAAAAUACAGUAAUCUUUUUUUAUUAUUGGUCUGGUGAACUGGUUUUAGUUUGAGAAUAUCUAUAAAAUAGCUCUGAAAUAAGAGCUUGAUUUUUGAAAAAUUUUCUAUAUAUAAAUUUGGAGUUAUAUUAAGGUGCCCGUGACAGAGAUAUAAAUGCAUACAAACUAGCACGCUUGCAUUCCUAUGCUUACAGUUUCCUUGAGUUUGGCUUGUCAAAAGUGUUGUGUAUUUGAUGAUGUGCAUGUGGAAGAAUGAAAUUAAUGUAGCUGGAAGUCAACCUCUUUUCAUGUUAUUAAUAUUUAACAAUUCAUAAUACAUUAGAUCACAGUUUAUGGUGUUAAAAGGACAAUUAGGUUUGGUAAAUGAGUUAUUCUGAUAACAUUUGUCAUACAAGAAAAUUAUUUAAAACACAUAUAGUUAAAUCUGUCGUUAGGCAAAUUCUUGCGUGUUUUUAAUCGCAGAUAUCGGUGUUUUGUUGUAGGCCUUUCCGAUUGUUUUCUGUUUAAUGGAGAACAGAACAGCCGGAGCUUACAAGGCAAUCUUUCGAUACUUGAAGACCAUCUGUGGGGAGUUUAGUCCGUUGUGCAUCAUGAGCGAUUACGAGGCAGCACUGAAGAAAGUAGUCGCAGAAGAAUUUCCCCGAAACUAAACAUGUCGGUUGUUGGUUUCACUUUGCACAGGUGAUAAUAUCGGCUACAAUCCAUUCCCUACAUUUUAAAAUCAAGCAUUCUGAACACCACUUUAAAGAAUUGUAAUAAUUAUUUGCGUAUAAAAUGUUGUUAGGCUGUCGUGAAGAAAGCGAUUUCUUUCGUUGGAGUCGAGACCUUUCAAGAAGAAGAGGAUGUAAGAAAGGUUGUUGGAAUGCUGCAAGCUCUUCCACUUUUGCCUCACGAAAAAGCACUUGAAGGCUAUAAAGUUGCGAAGGUGUUCGCCGAAACAAAAAAUUUGAUGCCAACAAUUUCUACAACACUUCAGUACUUUGAAAACCAAUGGCUGAAGAAAGUGGCGGCCAAAUCAUUCUCCGUGUUUGGGCAGGCUAGGUGUACCAACAAUGCCCAAGAAUCGUACCACAGGCACCUGAUGAUGGUGGUCGGACGGCCACAUCCAAAUGUUUGGCACUUCACAGACUCUCUGCGAAGUAUCUCAGGAAGUGAGUGCCGAAAUAUCGAAAGAAUAGAACAAGGAAUGCAAGUCUCCAGACCAAGAAAACUGACUUGGCUUCUCCAAGAUCGGUGCAUAAAACAGGCUCAAGAACACGUCGUGUCCGGAAGAAUUCCAGUUUUUGAAUUUCUUUCGGCUAUCAGACAUCGUGUACAAAUCGGUCAUCCGGAAGAUCUGUUGGGAGGCGCCGACCAUGACGACUUAACAGAACUGCCUGGUGACAUUCCUGAAGGGCUUGCACAACUACCAGAUAACGAACCGGAGGAAUUGCCUCAGCCAAAUGAAAAUAUGUACGGGGGUGAUUGCCUAUGUAUAGACUACUUAUCACAGCCAGAUAACGUUCCGGAAGACUUGCCUCAGACUAAUGCAAAUAUGGAUGGGGACGAGUGCCAAAGCCCAUCACAGCUGGGUAAUUUUUUUUUUCCAUGUUUGUACUGUGACAUUGAUAUAGGUUUAGUUGUAGAUGAAUUUGUAACAGGAUGAAUAUGCACAGAAUAACUAAUGCAGUUCAUAAACAAAUAGUGCUGAAAGGUUUUAUAAGGUAAAAUAAUUAAUAUUAUUAAUGAUGUACUUUUUUUAUUUGUUUCAAUGACAUUAAGAAAGUUAUGUUUAAUUUUGGACAUAACAAAGACUAAAUAUCAUGUGCAUUACUUUUGCUUGUUAUAUUUUGAGCUGUAUUUAGUUUUCAGUAACCAUUCACAAUAUUAACUAUAUAUUUUGUGCUGUUUACACUUGCUUUAGGUUUGAAAAUCUUUUCUAAUUUGUAGGUGAUAGCAAUAUAGAUGAACCAGUUCAAGGUUUGAGUAACACACAAACAAACAUAGCUACCCCAGAACAAAACUUGAACCACGAAGCAGGUACGUCAUUAUAUUAUGUUCAUGAUGUUUUCAUUGAAAAAUCCCAAUUAAUCAUGUUAAUUUCAUGAAUUUUUACUUAGGAAAUGGAAUUAUAGAAAGAAAAGUAGUCGUGAAAUAAAUUACUUUUUCAAUGAACGACCUAAAUGUUGCAAAUAAUUAAAAAAAAGUUAUGAGUUUAUUGUAAUUAAAUUUUUUUAUGAAAUAGGUACUAUAAUUAAGAUGGGAGUCAAAUAAAAUAAAUUUGACUGAGCAAAAAACAUCAAAAUAUUUACAUUCUCCUACAUAUGAGUAACAAUUUUAACUAUUCAUCUCUGUAUAAACGUUUGUUAUUUAUUCCAAAAAAAAUUACUUAAUAAAUGGACACAUUUAACUGCAAGAUGCAUGACAUAUUUAAUUUUUAAUGAAACCGUUUAAGAACAAUAUUUAAUAAAUUUGUUAUGCAUUAACCUUUUUUAG